AGGAGACAUCAAUUUGAAAGAUCUGGACAUCAAGCAAAGUGCCAUUGAUGAUCUUGAUCUACCUUUCCGUGUUGCAUAUGGUCACAUAGAAAAGCUCACAUUGAAGAUACCAUGGCAGUCAUUGUACAACUCUACUUAUUCUGCGGCCGUGGAAGGCAUCUACAUGGUCAUAAUUCCAAAGUCAGGAGUGAAAUACGAUGCGGCCAAGGAGCACAAGCUUCAGCGGGAAGCAAAGCAACGGAACUUGCUCGAAUCGAGCUUGUCAAACAGCAAGAGGCAGAGAAAGACAAACCGAAGGAGGAGAAGCAGGACACAUUCGUUGAGAAGUUGGCGGCGCAGAUCAUCAAGAACCUGCAGAUCCGCAUCCGCAACAUCCACAUCCGCUACGAGGACAACUUCACCAUUCCCGAGCACCCGUUCUCCUUCGGCAUCACCCUCUACAACCUGUCCUUUGACACGACCAACGAGGAGUGGGAGCCCUGUGUCCUCGACGUGUCUGCCAGGAUUGUGCACAAGCUGGUCGACAUCAGCAGCUUUGGCUUGUAUUGGAACACAGACUGCAAGCUUUUCAUGGAAUAUGAACAGUCAAAGAUAAAGGCACGUCUGCAAGAAACAAUCAGCAAUGAAACUGUCAGGCCUAAUGAUGUUUUAUACAUGCUCGGUCCGAUUUCCUCGCUUGCCAAGUUGACCAUGGACACUAAGCCAGAGAUAAACAACUACAGCAGCACUGGGAUGGUCUUGGACAUUCUCAUUGCAGAAAUCAGCAUCGGCAUCGGCAAGCGCCAGUUUCAAGACAUGCUGGCCCUCGCGGAUUCGGUCAAUCGGAUGACGAUUGCCGCCCACUUCAGGAAGUACAGGCCUGAUGUCCCGGUGCACAACCAUGCUAAAAUAUGGUGGCACUUUGCAUAUGAAGCGAUUCUGGAGGAGUACGUGAGACGGCGUAGGCGUAACUGGUCGCUGAAGCACAUGCAUGAGCACGUCCUCAAGGUCAGGGAAUACAAGGACCAGUACAAAAUCAAGCUGCAAACCAAGCAGUCUUCCGAAAGCCUCAAGGUGCUUGAAGACGAGUUGGACGUGUUCAACAUUACACUUGCACGACGUCAGGCAGAGCUAGAGGUUGAGGAGCAGCUACUGAACACCCCCAAGCAAAGUUGGUUGUCAUCCUGGUGGUUCGGUAGUAGCGACCAGACCAGUGCAGCGUCUACGACCCAAGACAUUGCUAAGAAGUUUGAGAAAGCCAUGACGCCUGAGGAAAAAGAGAAGCUGUAUGCUGCUAUUGGCUACCAGGAGAACACUUCAGCACCAAUCUACCCGGUCACCUACGUCGCCAAGAGGCUGAAUUUUGUGCUGAAGAACUUUUCAUUGGCCAUACAUGAUGAAGCGAGAGCGAAGACCAUCAUCGUGCAGGCAAUCCUGAACGACAUGUCGGCAACUGUCGAGGAGAGGCCUAGAACAGAAGCCAUGAAGCUGGAGUCGAAAAUAGAGAAAUUUAAGGUUCUUGGCUUUCCUCAAGAGCCGUCGGAUUUCUGCACGCUCAUCUCGUCUGAGAUUGUUCAAGACAACGAAAAGAAGACUCUGCUGUCCUUUUUGUUCGAAACAAAUCCAAUUGACGAGAAGUGUGACCAGAGGGUUCACCUUUUCGCAGAACCCGUGGAGAUGGUGUACGAUGCGACUGUCAUCUCUGCCCUGGUGGAUGUUUUCAGCCCCCCAGAGCAGGCUACUCUUGACAAGUGAGAAGCACAGCAGUAGUCGAAGCUGAACGACAUCAAGGCCAUGUCGGCCACUGGGCUACAAGCAUGCUAUCGAGCAGCGGAAAGCUCUCGAAGUGCUG